AGCAAGGGUAUCGCGCAGCCACACCGGCCACUGCGACGGCCGCGACGGAACGAGCGCGUCGCUCCUCCGUUACUCCUUCUGCAACGUUCGUCGUACAGCUCCGUUUUUUGCGCGCGACGGCACGCAAACGACGUCGCGAUGUGAGGACGCGCGAGAGCAAGAUGAUCCUGUCCGACGAUCGUGACAUGAUGCGAGACCCGGCGCGACGAGCUGCGAUUAAUUACCAACGGGGGUGAGUCGAUAGCUCGCACCCGACGAAAGGUGGGAGAGGGGGAUACUAGGGCGGAAGCGGGAUUGAGGGAGAGAGAGAGAGAGAGAGAGAAUGAGAGAGAGAGAAAUUACGGAAAGCUCACGUGACACGCUGAAGGGGUGCGAAACUGUCUGACAGUACAUCAAGCGUCCACUACUAUUGCCAUCAGUUGCUUGUUGUGGCUGUGACAGCUAUCACGACGGUGACAGCGGUGGCGGCGGUAGUUCAUGGUGGAAGUGGUUGUGGUGGUGAUCGACGGUGACGACGAGGACGACGAAGGAUAACGCUGCGCCCCUGCGAGCGGCGGCGAGACGGAAGGAAAGUGGUAACAUCCGAGGUUACGAGGCCAGGGGAGAAAGUGGGUGUUGCCUGAGCGACGGCGACAACGAAAAGAUCGCCCGGGUCCUGUGGGACAUUACUAGAAGUCCUAGGUGUUUUACAUAGAAAGCAGGAGAGGGAGAGACGAAUGAAAGGAUGCUCGUUGGUCGUCACUCGUCUUCCUGGAGUCAAUGUCAGCCCGUCGUUGGCCUCCUUUUCGUCUUUCGUGAAAGAUUUUUGGCGCUGAGAUUCUUCCUCAAGAUGGCUGGAGCGAACCGAGAGGUUCGGCAAGGUCCUGAAAAUUUUGUGCUUGCAAGUCAUCGUAUUGGGCGAAGCCAGUCUUCGUGCGAUUAGGGGCUGUGCCAGGGUAGCACGGGACGGGGGUGGUUCCUUCCAUCGCGAGGAUCGAGAUGAGCGAUUUACAGGCCACCCUCGAGUUCUCCCUCGAGCUCUGCAAGUUUUACAAUGUCGAUCUCUUCCAGCGCGGAUAUUACCAGAUCCGAACUGCUCUUAGAGUAUCGCCAAAGUUACCAGUCAAAGUGGAAGUCAAUCAACCACGAAAUCACUCGCUGGAGGCGCCGGGCACGAGUAAGCGCUUUCAGAUCCUCUACAGGAACGAGGAGGUGACACUCGGCACUUCUGUACUAUUCCGAGCGCAUGUGCUCGUGCAUAGUCACAAGAUUGAGGAGGCCCUGUCGCGCACCCACUUUAAUCUAGGCGUCGAGCUAUGGUUCAGCGAGCCGACGCAACCGGGCAACAUGGCUUGCGUGUCCUCGAGGGCGUUGCAGUUGAACUUUACACCCACGAAGGGCCUUCACUAUCAUCUGCCAGUGCUCUUUGAUUACUUUCAUCUUGCUGCGGUGUCCAUUACGAUCCAUGCCUGCCUCGUGGCACUUCAUCAGCCCUACAUCAAGAAGAGCAUACUGCACGUAGUGCAGAGUUGUGCGCCACGAAGCGGAAAACCCUGGCUGCAAUUUAAGCAAUCCGCGACGAACGGCGAGAGUAAUGCUACAACCCUCGGAAAUAUCGAGACCACUACGAGAUGCGUCGGAUCAACGACGAGGAUACAGCACGCGAGACUGGUCCAACAAGAAGUCACGAGACUGCUCUUAGCCGCGAGGGAAUCUUUACUAAACGAUUUGUCCGACUUGGCACGGCUUCUACCCUCUUGGCAACAAAGGGCGCUCGAACUCGCACAAAAUACGCACAAAGAGAUCACGAAGUUGAUGGACACUGAGGAGGCUGACAUAGCCCAACUCUGCGCACAAAAUAUCGUUCUUUGGCAGCAUUUCCUCGAAGCGUUCUCCGGCCGAGAAGCGGUUCAUCAGCAUUUAGCACGAAUUCAUCAUCAAUUAAGAGUGAAACGAUUCGCAGAGGGUUUCUUUGUAUUAGAGAACCCGAGAACAUCGGCAGCGGGCUGUUACGACGCGAAUUAUCAGUCUUAUCAAGCGGUAAGCGAGGCUGCUCGAAGAUCGCGUUAUCUCGCAUCGUUGCCACCGUUACCUGUCCAUUGUCCGGAAGUAGACGGCGAUCUUCACUCGUUGCCUUUGAUUUUCGAAGAUCAGUACGCUGAUAUGCAGCAGAGACACAGAAACAGCGUUCCUAGCAUGGACGACUGCAGUUGCGGUAUAGCUGCAAUCCUUGAGUCGCGCUCUAUGGGUAUCUGGUCGCCCAGGAGCGAAGGCGCAGCUCAAGACAUUGGAUCGAUCCAGGCUCGCCUCAUACUGACGCCUUCCACGCUUCCAGCGAGGCACAGCAAGUCACUCGAUCAGCUAGGUCCCGAGCUAGCAGCACCUCUGCAGCCUAGAACAUCGCCAAAAACUUUGCCCAGAUCCGUGUCGACCCAAUUGUUCUCGCGGGGGCUGCGUGGCGGCGGUCGAAACGUCACGCCACCCGCGACGGUUCCUUCCAGGGGGAAAUCCAGGUCGACAGUGCCGUCCAUUAGCACCCUCUUCCCGCCUUCGGGUCAGCAGGCAUGUUCCGCGCCGAACCCAUCUCUCGGUUCCACGCCAGUGAUACCCCUGCCUCGAGCCAAGUCCACGCAAAUGCUGGUACCAAAUCGACAGCAACAGCAGCAGUCCGAUUAUCAAUCCUCUUCCAUUAGCUCACUGCUGGCGGUGAUGUUUCCUGAGUUGCCGCCCGGUGGACAACUGCCCGGUUAUCGACCUUCAUCUAAAUCCUGCGAUCAGAAUCUUGCUGUGCCAACGUACGCGGCCGCCUUGGACCUUAGUCAAUUGUCCGAUUGUUUGGCGGACAGCAAGCCAGCAAAUACGAUAGAAGAUUAUCAUUCUCUCGAUACCAGAAGAAUACGGCUGGAGCCACGAAGUCAUCGCCUGGGAACUCGCCAAACGCUGCCAACGACCACAAACGACCAAAGUAGCUUUCUAUCCACCAAGGCAAGCUUAAACGGUGACUUUCUACAGGAUCCACAGCCUCUGCAUACAGCGACAUUGGAUAGAGUUACUUAUCGAGGAAACUCCAGAAAGUCUGGACAUCAGACAGGCAAGUACAGUCAAUCGAAUGGCGUUGAAAGUCGCAGAUAUCAUACACUCGGCAAGACAUCGAUGACGCAAAGAAGCCGCCCAGAGAUACCAGAGUGCAUGAAUGGCAGCGCGGUGACCGGUAGCCACUUGCAUCUGGCGGAUUCUGCGAGCAAGAAAUCCAAUUAUUACGCUACUACAGAUUCAUUUUUCUAUCGCACAAAUGGCAACACUAGCGGAAGAAAUCGCAACGAGGACAAGCCGAAGAGGCCGAAAAGUACGGAACGAUUGCUCGACGACGUGGAGCGCAGUGAGUGCUGUGACUUCCGGCGAGAUCGACCGACUCGAAGAAGAGCAGAACGAUCGGUCAAGUCGCCUCGCAAUGGCGUAGCCCAGAAUUACAACGAGGAGAAACAACGACGCGGUCAGACCGAGAAGAAGAACACGGAGGUUCAAGAACCAAUUUACGAAGUAAUAGCCCUGAAACCGGAAUCAAAGAAAGAGUCUCGCGAGAGAAGGAAAGACAAGCACAAUAGAAGACCGCACUCAGCGCCCGUCCUUGAUACGGAUCAUCCGGUAGAAGAGAGCAAUCAUAAAAGUGAGAGAAAGUGCAAUCACAAAAACAGAAAACCUGCACCGCCACCUCCGGCAUAUCAAGAUCCUGCUGUCGCCCCUUUACCUAAAUACCGUCAUUCUUCUUCAACGACUGCGAGCGUUCUCGAAGUGGAGAACAACAAUAAAAUUAUCCUGAAGAUGGAACCCAUAAAAUCGCCCAUGGAGGUACCAACGAUCAAUGGCACGACGCCAUCGGACACGUCAAGCUUCGGGAUACCUCCGCCGAACGUUAAAAGAUUGCGAUGCGCCAGCGUACCAGUAGCUCAGAACAAAGUAGUCGUGCCACGCAGCGCAGUCUCUUUGCCCUGCAUGCCGAUACGCGAUAGCAAGGACAACCUAAGCAACAACUUGCCGAUCAUACCACAUCUUCUCAGUCCGCCGUCCACCAGACCUAGCAGCCCUACGCCGAGCUCAAGCUCGAGCAACCUAACGUCCGAAUGUUCCGGUUGGGUCAGUAGCGGCGACACCUCCAGCUCGGAGCAGCGUCGCAAUCAAGCCAAGCUCUCGAGCGAGCAGCUGCGGCAGAAACUAUCGAAGAUCGUGCCACGCAAGGAUCGUCCUCUCGUCACGAAGGAGAGCGUGGAGGAGCACUCGUACGAAGAGGUGCGACUACCGCCACCAAAGAUGUUCCAGGACGAGCCGCCGCCUCCUGAAGAGUUUCGUGAUCCGCCGGCACCGAUCGAUAAUCCACUCUACCACGUGUAUGAAACGGUAAAGCAGACCAGGAGCCCGAAACAGAACAAAACAGCACCCUGCAGUCCGCAACGAAACCGGGAUCGAGACAGGGAGGGUGUCUAUGGCGCCAGGGACAUUUGUUUGGACUGUUAUCAGGAGGGCAAGGAGUUGUUGCAGUCUACGCAGGAUGAUUUCAUCAACUUCAAGAAAUGCAAAGAGGAGUUUAAAAGGCAGAUGAGCUUCUCGGGCAAGAUCUACAGAGAACACGAGGAAGCACAGUUGCAUUUACAUAAACGUGCCUAUUCCCUCGGAUACGGUGACCUUCUGAAUUCCUCGCCGUCGGUUCAACCAUUAAGAUCCAAUGUGCCUCUUAGUGAUUAUCCAACCCUGGCCUCGACCCUGCCGUACUUCCACAUCAGCGAUGAAUAUCGGCUCUUCUCGCCGGAAGGAGUGCACCUUAUCAUAUGCGUCCACGGUCUUGACGGUAAUGCCGCCGAUCUCCGUCUCGUCAAGACGUACUUGGAACUGGGUCUGCCUGGGGCGCACUUGGAUUUCCUGAUGUCUGAAAGAAAUCAGGGAGACACCUUUUCCGACUUCGAAACGAUGACUGACCGAUUAGUGUCCGAAAUUCUCUAUCAUAUUGAAUCGUCGGGCUUGAAUCCGAGAAAGGUGAGUUUUAUCGGGCAUUCUCUUGGGACCAUAAUUAUCCGGAGUGCCCUGACGAGACCGCAGCUGCGUCCACUACUUCCUCGUCUACACACCUUCCUCAGCUUAAGCGGACCACACUUGGGUACUCUUUACAACACAAGCGGUUUGGUGAACGCAGGUAUGUGGUUCAUGCAGAAGUGGAAGAAGUCCGGAUCUUUGCUACAACUGGCCAUGAAAGACUCACCGGACGUGAGACGCUCCUUCAUGUUCCGUUUGAGCCAGAAGAGCAAUCUGCAGAAGUUCAAACACGUCUUGCUGUGCGGCAGCGCCCAGGAUCGAUAUGUACCCUUGCACUCUGCCCGAAUCGAGCUCUGCAAGGCUGCCGUACGAGAUCCGACGGAUCAAGGUGCCGCAUAUCGUGAGAUGGUGCACAACAUUCUGUAUCCUGUGAUGUCGGCGCCCGGCGUCAGUCUCGUCAGAUACGACGUGCAUCACGCUCUACCGCCGACGGCGAACGCCCUGAUAGGCCGAGCCGCGCAUAUCGCCGUCCUCGAUUCCGAGCUUUUCAUCGAGAAAUUCCUGCUGGUCGCGGGACUGAAAUAUUUCAGAUAAGGAAAGAACAGUCUAGCGCACACGAAGAAAUAAAUUAACUGUAGCUUAAUAAAAAAAAAAAAAAAGAAACAGGAACUCGAACGCGGACUCGGAAAGCGUCGCAUUCUCCGCGACAUCUUCGACCAUUCCGUGAUUAAAGUAUAUUAUAGACGUCCUGUCCAGCGUUGCCUCGCUUUUUCUCUUCGCUUAGCAGUCUUUUUCCAAAGAAACGAACGGGAUUUCGAAGCGAGGCAAUCCAAUCUUUUUUACACGAAAACACGGUGCACGCCGUCGUCGAUUUUAGUAUUGAAACAUUCGUUAGGUUCUCGUGUCACUUGAUACCGAUCAUAUAUCACGGAUGCGAAAAAGUCGCGCGUAUUUAUAAUUGACGGUCGAAUAUUUCGGUUUCAUUCCCGCAACGCUUCAUCGAAAAUUCGCCCUGUGGGCAUUCGAAUUGAAUGGACCUGUAGUUUGCCGUGAAACGGACCUAUUCUAGUGAUGGUGGUGAUGACGGUGGUGGUAAUAGUAGUAGUAGUAGUGAUGUUGACCAAAAAGCUGGAGGAAGAUAAGAAAACACAGAAAAGAUGCAAAAUAGUGCGAAAAGUUAAGUAUAUAUGCUUGGAAGAUUCCUGCAUGUCAUGCACACCACUGCUGUAAGUAAUGCGAUGUGCAUGAAUGAUCGAACGUACUUCAAAGUUUUACAUAUUCGAAAAAGGAAAAAUUCAAACGAAACCUGAUCAGCGCGUUAGGCCUAGCGUAAAUGAAGCAAUUAUGAAGGGAUACGACACAGUCGCCGGAUACAUUCAGCUUCAUCAACAUCGUCGCGAAAAAACGGAUCGCGAUCGUAGAAGAAAAGGGGACGAAAAUUAUUCAUCGACG